AUGAAACUUGAGACUGGAGACUUAAAAUUCGGUGAGGAUGAGGGUGAAGGUGAGGGCGAGGGUGAGGAUGAGGGUGAGGGUGAGGGCGAGGGUGAGGGCGAGGGUGUAUUACAUGAAGAAGCACAUCGAGAUGAAUUUUCGAGAUUAAAGUCUGAUUACAAAGACAAAAAAGAAAUAAAAUAA